CUGAUACUCAUAUCAUCUACGGGAACACCUCGCGUGCUUCGUUUCUUAUUCUUCUUUAAACUAUUCCCACUCGUACUUCGGUGGGGUUCUUGAUAGUACUUUGCGCUUCAAUUUGUGCAAAGACCCCAUCACUCUCCACUCAAUUCCAACCACCGGUCCUUCCCUCGAUCAAGACCCUUCAAACCUAGUCAUCAAUUCCGCCGUGACAACGCAUUAAAAUGUCUUCUUCGCGUAUCGGUCUGCGCUUCUUCCAGAACACCCGGGCUGCUUUCCGCAAUGCCUAUGGUCCCUUCCGUCGGCCUGGUGCCCAGGGACGCCGUUUCCAGACCUCUGAUGCCGGUGCGGCAUCCGCCCAACAACAGAGCACAUUCCAGCGUCUAUGGAACAGCCCUGUCGGCAUCAAGACCGUUCACUUCUGGGCGCCUGUCAUGAAGUGGGCUUUGGUCAUUGCGGGUAUCUCCGAUUUUGGUCGUCCCGCUGAAAAGCUCUCCCUUACUCAGAACGCUGCCCUGAUGGCCACUGGUGCUAUCUGGACUCGCUGGUGCUUUAUCAUCAAGCCCCGCAACAUUCUGCUUGCUGCUGUUAACUUCUUCCUCGGAUGUGUCGGUGUCGUCCAGGUUACCCGGAUCUUCAUGUACCGCCGCAGCUUGGAAGGAGGAUCGACGAAGGAGGCCUUGAAGGAUAUUGAGCACGAGGUGGUUGACUCGGCGAAGUCCGCCGUUGGUAAGGCUGAGGCGGCUGUCAAGAAGUCUACGUAAUGGACUUCAGGUUAAAUAUGGGGAUGCUCGCAUGCAAUUACAGACUACAAGGACGACUACGAGAGAUAUCCCUUUUUACUACAAGCAAAAGUCGCACACUACUGUAUAUACUCACCGUUGAAUAUGAGAUAAAUUGGUUAAUAAAAGAUGCGCC